AUGAGGGUUCUCUGUCUCCACGGGAAAGGCACUAGUGGCGCGAUCUUCCGAUCCCAGACGUCCUCCUUUCGGGCCCGACUGGCUGACAAAAACAUCGAGUUCGAUUUUGUCGAUGGUCCAUUCCAGAGUGAUCCCGCGGCGGGGGUCGACCUGUUCUACAGCCCGCCAUACUAUGCCUUCUGGGAUUCCGACUCGGUCGACUCGGUUCGCGCGGCGUGUGCGUGGCUGAACGACUAUAUCGCCAAGAAUGGGCCCUACGAUGCCGCUCUCAUGUUUUCCCAGGGCUGCGUGCUCGGCUCGAGUGCGCUUUUGUUCCACCAAGAGGAAACCCCGCACCUCCCACCUCCUUUUAAAAGCGCCAUUUUCAUCUGUGGCGGGGCGUCGUUGAACGUGCUGGUCGAACUGGGCUUCCAUGUGUCGGCGGAAGCGCGUGAGCGGGACGCGGCCUCACGUUCGGCUCUGGCCCUCCAGGCUGGCUCCUCCGCCGUGUUAACCAAGGGUGCCAAUCGGUGGACGGGGCUGAAUUCACUGGACGGGGGUCUGUCGGAAGAGGAACUUCGUCGUGAGAUCACGAGCCCCUCUCGAAUUCAAAUCCCCACCGUGCAUAUCUAUGGGUCGAAAGAUCCCCGGUACGCGGCUGGGGUGCAUCUCUCUGGGAUAUGCGAUCCAGAAAACCGACGCACCUAUAAUCAUGGGGGUGGACACGAAGUCCCUCGUACGGACGCGGUCAGUCGCUCUAUUGCCGAGCUCUUCCAACGGGCGCUGGCCCAGACUACGUCGUGA